AUGGUGGCAUGGACAGGGAGCCGCAUCCAGGAGCUGUCCUUACAUAAGCAGAUUGGCAGCGAGGGAUGGCUGCCUACGCGGGGACUGCUUUCGCGAGAGAACUACCCCUUCUUCGUCGCUUACGCGUGGGCUCUGCAGAAGUGCUUUCUGACUAUAGGUGAGCAAUACAACGACGCUCUCGCCCAGGCUGAGGAGGAGGGGUGGGCCCUGCCCAACUCCGAGGAUAGCCACCGCUCUGCGUUGACAGCGUUACUGUCUGGGCAGGACGCCGAGGAGGGCACCGGCGGCGUAAAAGAGGUCCACCUACCGUGGAAAUAUCUCCCGGGCUUCUGGCCCGUCCUCUGGCUUGCCGUCGUGUUCAUCCUCCACCUUCUCAUGGUUCUCUCGCAGCACUGGUCCGUGGCGUUCCGUUGCCUGGUUCGCUUCCGUCCCGUUCGAGACGACCCGACACGGGCAACGCACGCAAUGGCCAGGCCGAAACCGCAUUGCGGAAACGGGAAAACGCUGCUGGUGCCCGUCGAGCCUUCGCCCCUCGGCCCCGCGUUCGAGUUCCACCGCCGCAAGUAUGUGUACGACCAGCGCUCCCAGGCCUUCGUGAAGAUCCGCUGUCGCGUGGACAGGCCUCUGAGCUUUUACCGGAGGUGGAGAGGGCUGCCGACCGAAGCCGCGGUGGAGAGCGCCCGCCUCAUGUACGGGACAAACCGCUUCGAGAUGGAGAUGCCCAAGUUCUUGGAUCUUUACAAGGCGCAGCUGCUGUCGCCCUUCACGAUAUUCCAGCUGUUUUCCACGGCGCUGUGGCUGCUGGACAGCUACUGGCAAUACUUCCUGUUCACCCUGUUCAUGAUCGCGUCUUUCGAGGCCACAGUGGUGAUGCAGAGGCUCAAGAACUUGCAGACGCUCAAGGGCAUGGGAAACGAUGUUGUCAACCUAAAAGUCUUCCGAGCUGGCAGGUGGCAAUCUUCUACGACAGAGGAGCUUCUUCCCGGAGACCUUUUCUCGCUCAGGCGCUCCAAGAAGCACGACACGGUGCCCUGCGACUGCAUGCUGGUGCACGGUUCGGCCGUUCUUAACGAGGCGACGUUGACAGGGGAGAGUGUGCCUCAGAUGAAAGAAGGGGUACUGGCUUCCAAGGACGGGGGUGACGAGAUUUUCAUGAUGAAGGAAGGCCACCACAAAGUCUUCACGCUUUUCGGCGGCACCAAGCUUCUCACCUGCAACAGCCAGGGCCAGGAAGCAGUUGGUGCGGGCGGCGAUAGCGAUGAGGGUAGUGAAGAAGAGGAAGGCGAUAUGGAGGAGACCGAAGAUCAAGAGGGACGAGCUGAAGAGGAAGAGAGCGAGGAUGAGGAUGAGGAUGAGGAUGAGGACGAAUCGAGUGUUGGUGUUGGGGAUGAGUCGUGGAAGGAAACCCCGGAUGGCGGAUGCCUUUGCUACGUCUUACGCACGGGGUUCAGCUCGUCGCAGGGCAAGCUGGUCCGCAUGAUCGAGGGCAGCACGGAGACGGUUCGGACGGACACCAGGGACACGGUGCUCCUGCUCCUAUUGCUCCUCGUGUUCGCCGUGUCGGCCUCGACCUACGUCCUCAUUGAAGGCAUGAAGGACUCGGCCAAGCGGUCCAAGUACCAGCUGUUGCUCCACUGCAUAUUGAUCGUCACAUCGGUCAUCCCGCCCGAGCUACCAAUGCAGAUGGCCCUCGCUGUCAAUUCCAGCCUCAUGGCGCUCAUGAAAAUGCAGAUCUUCUGCACCGAGCCAUACCGCGUGCCCAUGGCGGGCAAGGUGGAUGUGUGCCUCUUCGACAAGACAGGUACCCUCACUACGGACGAGCUAGUCGCUGUUGGCGUGGAAGCGCCGGCCCCUUCCCGAGGCGAGGGCUCCGGCGGCAGAGAACGCGGCGGCGAUCGGAGCUCGCUGAUGGACACCUUGGUUACCAUGCGCGAGGCCCCCGCUGCCGCGACCCUCGUGCUGGCCGGGUGCCAGUCGCUGGUUUUGAUGGAGGGGUCCGAGGCGGGGGACCCUGUGGAGGCGGCGGCGAUGAAGGCCAUCAAGUGGGAGAUCGUGCCCGGAGCGAGCAAUACCUGCAGGCCGAAAGGCACCCCGGCCAAACCGGCAACCAAGGCCGGCCGUACGGCGACAGGAAAAGUUACAGUGGCCGCUCCCGCGGUGGCGGCAACUCCCGGUGAGGCCGUCAAGGUUGACGGGUGCUCGGUACCUGCACUGGACAUCAAGACGCGUCAUCACUUCAGCUCCAAGCUUCAGCGAAUGAGCACCGUGGCCAGGACACAGGGUAGCGGGAGUUGGUGGGUUCUCGUCAAGGGUUCUCCGGAAGCCAUCGGCGCCAGGCUUCGUGACGGAGAGAGGCCGGCAGACUACGACGAGCGAGCGGCCCGCUUGGCAAAAGGCGGGAUGCGCGUGCUGGCCCUCGCCUACAAGCGUCCUCGAUCGGACGAGGAGGGUCUGGAGUGCGAGGAGUCGAGGGCGGUGGCGGAGCAGGGCCUGCGCUUUGCCGGCUUCGUGGCGUUUUCGUGCCGCGUCCGCAAGGAUACGAGGAGCGUGGUCUUGCAGCUGAGAGAGGGCGCACACAGCGUCGCAAUGGUGACGGGGGACGCCAUUUUGACGGCGCUGCACGUGGCGAACGAGGUGGGCAUCACCCUCAGGAACGCUUCCAAGGACGCCCAGCCUCUCCCCAUUUUGACCCUUGAGGCUCUGGGCUCGAGCGAGGGGGGUGGCUUGGUGUGGAAAAGCUACGACACGGGUUUGGUUGAGGGGCCCUUCCGACCCGAGCACAUCUACAUCCUUAGCCUGACCCAUUCAUUGGCGGUGACGGGCAAGGUGCUCGUAGCAGCGCUCGAGAAGUUCCCCAGCUUCUCCAAGAGUCUUCAGUACUUGAAGGUGUUCGCGAGGAUGACGCCAGACGAGAAGGAGACGCUUGUGCUGGCCCUCAAGGAUUCCGGCAGGACUUGCAUGAUGUGCGGGGACGGUGCCAACGACGUCGGUGCUCUCAAACAGGCGCAGGUGGGAGUCGCUCUGUUGGGGGGGUUCGGCGACAUCAACGUGGAUCGAUCCAGCAAAGACGGGGGCGACACAACUGCUGGUUCAGGGACUCCCGGUUCGACGGCUCUGGCCAUCCCGCAGGGGGAACUCAUGAAGCUGCGUGUCCCCGAGCUGAAGAAAAAGCUUGCGGAAGCUGGGGUCGAUCUGGCCAAGUACCCGGGGGCGGUGGAAAAGACGGACUUGGUGAAACUGUACAUGCGAGCGGUGCAGAGAAAGCCUGCUGCUGCGACCGGCGGGGACCCUUCCUCGAAAGACUUGUCCAAGAUGACGCCGGCGGAAAAGAAGAAAGAAAUCGCCCGUCGCAGAGCAGAGGCCCAGAAAGAGAAGGUCGAGCAGUACCAGAGGCGAGUAGCAGAGUUGACCGCGGCUGGGGAGAGCUGGGCGACAGUCAAGGCGAUCAAGGAGAUCUACGCGCAAGACGCCGCGAAGGCCAAGGCAAUGGCGACUGAGAGGAAGAAGAACGGGUCGAUCGAGAUGUCCGCCGCCAAGAUGGCUGCCAUGAUGGACGAGGCCGGGGGGGGGGAGACCGGGGGCGAUGUGCCCAUGGUGAAGAUCGGAGACGCCAGCGUGGCUGCGCCGUUCACUAGCAAGCUGCCGUCGAUCAAGGGCACGGUGGACAUUAUCCGACAAGGGAGGUGCACGCUCAUCACGUCCAUUCAGAUGUACCAGAUUCUGGCCUUGAACUGCCUGAUCUCUGCCUACUCGUUGUCGGUGCUAUACCUCGACGGCGUGAAGUACGGCGACAGGCAGAUGACGGCUCUGGGGAUGCUCAUGUCCGUCUCCUUCAUCACCAUCAGCAGGGCCAAGCCCCUGUCGAAGCUCAGCCCAGUCCGACCGAUCACGUCUAUCUUCCACCCGGCCCUGUUCCUCUCGAUUCUCGGACAGUUUUCUCUUCAUAUGGGAUGCAUGGUCUAUGCGGUCGCUCGUAGCAAGGAGCACUUGGAGGAAGGUUACGAGCCCGAUCUCGAUGGCGAGUUCAAGCCAAACAUGAUCAACUCGGUCGUGUUCCUAGUGGGAGCUGUGCAGCAGGUCAGCGUGUUCGUGGUGAACCUCAAGGGGAGACCGUUCAUGGGGGGGCUGUCUGAGAACAGGCCACUCCUGUAUUCCUUGGCAGCCACCUUCGCCCUCACGUUCAUGAGUGCCAGCGAAACCAUCCCUAGGCUCAACAAGUGGCUACAGCUGGAGCCGUUCCCCGAUGAUAACUUCCGCAACGCCAUCAUGCUGGUGCUGGUGUUGGACAUAGUGGCGGCCUUUUUGUGGGACAGGCUGAUGCUCCUCGUCUUCGCGCCCAGGAUUCUGUGGGCUUCUGUGGAGGGGACGACUUGGAAGGACGUCACAAACGCCCUCAAGGUGGUGGCGAUCUGCUACGUUGUCAUCUACUUCCUCGCCACGGCCGAAGACCCCGAAGAAUUCGAGAGGCUGUUGGCGGAAGAAGCAGAGGCAGCUAAGGAAGAAGUAGUCAUGGAGGCGAACGAUGCAGCAGCGGGGUCGACCUAGCUAUGUGCCGUGAGAGCGGAGGUUACCGCCAACAAGAUCUGAGUGUGGCAGAGCUUUUCGAGGUCGACCUACCGAGGCCGAGCGGUUAGUGCGUUCGUUAGCCUGCUGCCUCAGAGUCUUUUUUGGUACUUCAUUCAGGGAGAGUGAAACUACAACGCCCCAUCAUCUUUGUUCAACGCCAGUCUUCGGUGUUUGCGCGGAAGGAGGGAAUCAUUUGUUGGAAUGACGGCGCUCGUUUGUCAGGUGUUGAUAAAUAGUGGCAGCGGUAAGUACGUUCGUAUUUGGAAUAGGUGGUCCACUGUGUUGGAAGCACGGCAGAGAGUCUCUCGAGCUUGCGCCACGUGUAGUAAGUACACGGGUGCUGGUAGUCUUUGUCGGAAUCAGUUGAGCGUGAGGAGCUGCUGGUCUUACAGAAGUCUAGUUACGUUUGCGCGUUUUAGUGGUUGUAAAAGACAUUUUUGGGUAAGUUAGCCUGUGACCAUGGGAAUCGCUCCGUCAGGUGUUUGAUCAGUGCGGACAGAUGAAGGCACUGGGUGUAGAGAGAUCGGAACGGUUUUUAAUGUG